CUUGCGGGAACUUGGAAAAUGAAUUGAAGCCCUGCCGCUGUAACUGCCUCCCGCUAAUCACAGGAUUUGGUGUCUAGCUGAAGAACAGUUUACUUUAAAAGGAAAGAUGCUAUCUCCAAAUGAUAAAAAGUUAGAGAAGCUGGAUCCGUUUUAUCGACCUUCAGUGGCCAAGCAGAAGACCAGUGCAGAAAUCAUAAGUGAAGCACGAAAUGCAUUAAGAACAGUUGGGACCCAAAGACCAUUUACACCACAGGAAAACCAAAGAAAACUAUUUGGACCUGCAUCUUCAAGGGCACCAGAAAAUAGACCCCCUUCCUCCUUCAGCCUCCACGCGUCCAGUUUUGAGUCAUCCGAUUCCAGGCCCAUUUCUGGCACACGUCUCAGCCCUCUGGAGCUUAAACCAAAAGUUCCGGCACCUCCCACCACAGAGGAGGAUCCCUGCCUUUCCCUUCCCAGACCCCCGGUGGACCCCGCGAAGAUGAGAAGAAUAAGCAGUGCCCGGGCACGUUUAUUCAGGGCGGCCUCCCAGGCGGCUCUGCUGCCGGACAGGACCCUCACUCCCGCCGAGCGAAAGAAGACAGUGGAAUCCAAAGAAACAGUUAGGAUGGGGGACUCUGUGGUGAAAGUCAAUGGGAUUUAUUUAACAGAAUCAAAGGCCAUUGGCCACUUCAAGAGUCACCCACUUCAGCUAACUUAUGAUGGAGGCUUCAGUGAAAUCAAGGAGCCAGAAAUGUGCAAAGGGGCAACAUCCUUGCCAUCUCAUCUCAGAAGCGGAGGGGACCAGGGGAAGAGGCGUUCCAGGGCCUCAUUAUGCCCCAACAGCUCGGACCUGAGCAGGCUGGAGACUAAAGCAGUUUCAAAAACUAACUUGCAAGAAAAGGCUACAGAAACGGAAGCAGACGAUGUCUUUUGGAAUACAAGGAUAGUACCAAUUUUGCAUAAAUUAGAAAAAGGAAGAAGCAUCGAGACGCUCUGCGCUGCUUGUGCUCAGCUGCACGGUGCUUUAGCGGAAGGAAACAUGCUGGGAAAGAAAUUCAAGAGAAGAAGUACUCUCCUGAAGACCUUGUACAAACUAGUGGAUGUGGGUUCGGACCCACUCAGCCUUAAACUGGCAAAAAUUAUUCUGGCACUUAAAGUGAGUAGAAAGAAUCUUCUAAAUGUUUGCAAACUUAUAUUUAAAAUUAGUAGAAGCGAGAAGAAUGAUGCUCUGAUUCAAAGUGACAGCAUUCUGGAAUUGUUAUUGGAAGUCCUGAGAAGCGAAGACCUGCAGACUAACACUGAAGCUUUUCUAUACUGCAUGGGGGCUAUCAAAUUCAUUUCUGGAAAUUCAGGAUUUCUUCAUGAAAUGAUCAGCAAAGGCGCUGUGGAAAUAUUGAUGAAUCUGAUAAAACAAAUCACUGAGAACACCGACAAAUGUGGUGCAUGUUUGCCUAAUUCAGGCCACUUAUUAGUCCAAAUGACUGCUACCCUGAGAAACUUGGUUGAUUCACCCCUAGCAAGAAGUAAGUUGCUGAGCAUCAGUGCCCUUCCCCAGCUCUGCACGGUAAUGGGACAGCACAUGAGUGACAAGGAUGUCUGCACUAAUAUCGCCAGAAUAUUCAGCAAACUUACUACUUACCGCGACUGCUGUAUUGCCUUGGCCAAUUAUUCCAGAUGUUAUGCCUUGUUUUUGAAUCUGAUAAACAAAUACCAGAAGAAGCAGGACUUAGUCGUUCGUAUUGUUUUCAUUCUUGGCAACCUGACCGCAAAAAAUAACCAGGCUCGUGAACAGUUUUUCAAGGAGAAGGGGAGCAUCCCAGCUCUGCUGUCAUUAUUCCACACGUUCUACAGACUGGACCUGCAUCCCAGGAGGCCAGCAGGUGGAGGAGAUGAGCAGCCCACGCCGCAGAAGCCGCAGGCCCAGGGGGAGGACGUGCUCAUCAAGCUGACCCGCGUGCUUGCCAACCUGGCCAUCCACCCGGGCAUCGGGCCGGCCCUGGCCGCCAGCCCGCAGGUGGUGGGCCUGCUCCUUGCCACGCUGGAAUACAAGUCAAUUGAUGCUUGUGAGGAGCUGGUGAUCAACACGAUAGCAACAAUCAACAACUUAUCUUACUACCAAGUGAAGAAUUCUAUCAUUCAAGACCAAAAGCUACAUAUUGCUGAAUUGCUUUUAAAGCUUCUUGGGAGUGACAACAUGGAUGGAAUUCUGGAGGCUGUGCGUGUUUUUGGAAAUCUCUCCCAGGACCAUGACAUCUGCAAUUUCAUUGUGCAGAAGAACAUACACAAGUUCAUGAUUGCGCUGCUGGAUGCGAAGCAUCAGGAUGUCUGCUUUUCUGCCUGCGGUGUUCUCCUGAAUCUCACUGUGGAGAAAGACAAGCGUGCCAUCCUAAAAGAAGGAGGCGGCAUUAAAAAGUUAGUGGCUUGUUUAAGAGAUUUCGGUCCUACCGACUGGCAGCUGGCCUGCUUAGUGUGCAAAACAUUAUGGAACUUCAGUGAAAAUAUCACUAACGCUUCAUCUUGUUUUGGAGAUGAAGACACCAACACUCUCUUGGUGCUGCUGUCAUCAUUUUUAGAUGAAGAACUAGCACUGGAUGGCAGUUUUGACCAAGACCUAAAAAACUAUCACAAACUCCACUGGGAAACAGAAUUCAGACCUGUGGCACAGCAGCUUCUAAGCCGAAUUCAGGCUCAUCAUAGCUUCCUGGAGCCCCUGCCUUUCCCUUCUUCCUAA